AUGCAUCUUCUUCUCCGUCGCCAACCCACAUCCCUCCACGAUGGCACGCAAGCUCAUGUACCCACAGAGCCUCGCAGUGCUCGCACUCGUCGUGGCAGCGGCCUGGACGCCGUGCUCCGCCGACACCACGGUGCCAACCAACGCCACAGCAGCGGCAACCGGAGACAACGUAGCCGCCCCAGGUGCGCCGGUGGGUUCAACAGUCGCCUUGCCAGCAGCCGGUGCGGCGACGGCGCAAGCCACGGCCACGGCGUCCAAGAAGAUCCCGUUGGCGCCACCGGACGUGUUCGAGCCGGCGGCAGAGGUGGCGUCAGCGCUGCCGGUGCCGGUGCCGGAGACACUUCCCAGCGCAGAAGGUCUCGGCUUCGGCAGCAGCGGGUUCAACGGUGGCCAGGGCGGCUUCGGAGGAUGCUGCGGAGGAGGGUUCGGGUACAACGGCGGUCUCGGGUACAAUAACGGACCGUUGUUCUUCAACUCGGCGCCGGCGGCCGGAAAUGGCCUAGCGGCUCUGCUGCUUGCUGGUGCUGCGGCCGUGUUUUCUGUGUGAUUUGUAUUUCUGUUUCUAUUUUAUUCUAUCUUAUUUCCGCAAGGGGCAUGCAUAUACAUAUGUUUGCAUCAACUGACAUGUAUCACAUGUUCACUUCAAAUUUAAAGAAAGGUCAUACGAAUA